CUCGAUUUAAAGCUAGCUAAUUUGGCUUACGAUCUUGGUUUGCGGCCAUUGUGGCCUCUCUGUCAAUGAUUGAGCUCCUGUCCCCCUUCAGGUCGGACAGGUGAUCCAUCUUAACAUUGGCAGCAUAGAUCGGCGUGGAAAACUCCACCACCCAGCUCCUGGGCGGCUGAAAACCACCGCUGCCGACACGCAUCCUCUUCCUUGGGGCUGAAAAGCACCGAUGCUGGCUCGCAUCCUUCAGCUCUGCUAACGGCGGAUGGAUCUCCAUUCGUAGAGGAUAAAUGCACUUAUAACCACGCCAGCAGUCCGUUGUGUAUGCCCGGCAGCGUACCGCCAUCACGACUUGAUAACCUUUCUGCAACAUCCUAUCAGCUACCAUCACAUAGCAAUCAUGGGCGACUCGCUCUACGACCGGCUCGCAGCGACGGCCAAAGCCCACAUCGACGGCAUGCGACCCAAGACGCCCGGCACCAACCAAGACAACGCCGACGCAUUGCUCGCCAACUGCGCCCCGACCUUCCGCAUGUCGUGGGGACCAGCGUACUACAUCUCCACCACCCCCAACCUGCAAGGCGAGCGGACGGGCGAGGAGUUCGCAGCACACUUGCGUCUGAUGGCACCCGCGUUUCAGAAGUGGGCCAUUGACAUCACCAAUAUGUGCGUUGAUGUGAAGACGCGGACGGCGGUGGUUCGAGCGGACUUUCACAUGGUGCCCCGGGGCGGCGAAGAGGUUGUACAAGACCUGAUCCUUUGGAUGGUCAUGGAUGAGAGUGGGGAGAAGGUGGUGAGGUGUACGGAGUUUGUGGACGCGGCUGCGACUGUGGAGUUGGGCGUGAGGUUGAAGGCGGGUACGGGGCGGGAUCUUGUUAAUGAGUAAUUCAUACCUUAUGAAACCUUCCAGUCCCUUGUAUCGAGAGUAGAUGAUCGGAAUGUCAUCCGUUCCGCUUCAGCUUGGAGGAAAGUGACAAUGUCGCCUCACCGUUCUCACCCUGCCCUUGAAGAGCAUCUGCUCAUGCAGAUGUUCGGAGCCGAAAUGCGAAAGAUCGUGGUGUCGCCGGGAAUACCAGACGCCUCGUAUUCCAGCUCUGCGCGCUCGUCAUAAGUAGGUUAUUAUCGGCAAUUGCCGGUAACUGCCAAGCAAGAGCAACUGCACGCCUGAUCGACGCCAAUGACCUACAUAAU